AAUCUCGGGAGCGGAUUGAAGAGCAUCUUUUGUAGAGAAGCGGAAUCAGUUUGAGCUUUGAGCUCGAGCGAGUAUUAACGAGGAGUCUGUGCCCUAACCAUUUUUUUUUUCUAUCGAUCGAAUCGAAUUGAAAAAUUGCAAAGUGAAAUGUUUUCCUCGUGGUCGUCGUUUUUGUUGACAUGUUUGAUCGGGCUUUUGGGCAUUUUUUAUUUGCGAGCAAAAUGGAAACUGUCGUAUUGGCAACGCCGUGGUAUUCCAAGCUUACCGACUAAUUUGAUAUUCGGAAAUUUCAAAGAUUCAUUUUUGUUGAAAAUCGCGCCGGGUUUUCUGCUCGGACGUUUGUACAGCGAGGCUAAAGAGGAUGACGCUUUCAUCGGUGUUUACAUACUCCAUCAACCCUUUUUACUUCUCCGUUCACCUGACCUCAUAAAGAAAAUACUCGUUAAAGAUUUCGCUGCAUUCCCCAAUCGCUUUUUUGCCUCGCCACGAGACUCCACAGACCUCGUUGGGAGCCGAGGUUUGUUUUCGAUCCACAAUCCUGAGUGGCGAUAUUUAAGAACAAAACUGUCGCCAACCUUCACCACUGGCAAAUUGAAGAGCCUCUUCAACCUCAUGCUCGAAUCCUCCGAAUUCUUGAAUAGUUACAUGAAGAAAAGAUUCGACGGCGAUGACAAUGCGGUGAAAAAGUUCGAGUUCAAAGACACGAGCACCAGAUUUACCACCGACGUUAUUUCCUCACUCGCUUUUGGCAUCAGAACCAAUUCCUUCGAGGAUCCACCACCGGAGUUUUAUACCAGGAGUCGUGGCCCUUUCACUAUGACGAUCCUCCGAGCCCUUCGCCUCUCGUCCGCAUUCUUCUUUCCCGGCCUUUCGAAGUAUCUCGGUGGUUCGAUGCUGGGAGAAAACACCGAUUAUUUCCGUAAAGUAUUUUGGAACUCGAUGAACAGCCGUGAGGAAGGGAAAUACGAGCGAGGCGACGUAAUUGACGGAUUGCUAAAAUUAAAAAAUGACAAAUCAGAAGACGGUUUUGAAAUCCAAGGCGAUACCCUGGUCGCCCAGUCGGCAAUAUUUUUCGUAGCAGGCUUGGAAACGAGCUCGACAACGAUGGCAUUCACUCUUUGGGAAUUGGCGAAACAGCCAGAGAUUCAAAAACGCUUGAGAAGCCACAUCCUCGAGAAUCUCGGCGAUGGGCGAAAAAUAACGUACGAAUCGGUACAGAAUAUGAAAUAUUUGAUGGCCGUCAUAAAUGAGACGUUGAGAAUGUAUCCACCAGCUCCUCUGAUCGAUCGGGUCGCUGACAGAGAUUACAAAAUUCCUGGGACUCAAGUCGUUCUGGAAAAAGGAACAGUCGUUUACGUCGCACUUCCUGGCAUUCAAAUGGACCCGAAAUAUUUCAGUGAUCCCAAAAUUUAUGAUCCUGAUCGGUUCAGCGAGGAACGCAAAAGUGACAUAAAACCUUUCACUUUCAUGCCGUUUGGCGAAGGGCCAAGAAUUUGUAUCGGUCUUCGGGUCGGAAUGCUCCAAACUGCGGUGGGUCUGAUAACAAUUCUUCGUGAUUACGAGGUUCUGCUGAAUCCAAGAUACACGACGAACGGAGUAAGCCCGCGUUCUGCGUUCACAAUACCAGCAGCAGGAAUUUUAUUAGACGUGAAGAAAAUUUCAAAUGAUUGAGUAUUCAAAGCUUUCCUCUUGACGUGGAAUAUCAUUGCCAAGGUUGAGAAUGAGAACAAAUAUAAUUAUAUCAAUGAUACUCAA